UUAAGAUAUGCCAUGUUACGUUGUUUACGCAGUUAUCUUCAUAAUGGCGACCGUGCUGGAGAUGUGCUUAUGCUUAUGAAAAUGAAGCGAAGAAGAAGUUAUUUCUUAUAAGAAAACGCCGGGGUUCCUCAUAGGAGGACUUUGCGUCGAAGACAGCGUCUUUCCCAGUGUUUGAAUUACAUUUUUGGUCCCUUGGUACCCGAAAUGAUGAAGCUCAAGUCAAACCAAACCCGGACAUACGAUGGGGAUGGCUACAAGAAGCGGGCCGCCUGUCUGUGCUUCAGGAGUGAAAGUGAAGAGGAGGUGCUGUUGGUGAGUAGUAGUCGUCAUCCAGACAAGUGGAUUGUCCCUGGUGGGGGGAUGGAGCCAGAAGAGGAGCCCAAUGUAGCAGCAGCACGAGAAGUCUGUGAAGAGGCAGGUGUGAAGGGGACUUUAGGUCGCCUAGUUGGAAUAUUUGAGAACCGAGAGAGGAAACACAGAACCUACGUCUACAUUCUUAUCGUAACUGAGGUCCUGGAGGAUUGGGAGGACUCAGUGAACAUUGGGAGAAAAAGGGAUUGGUUUAAAAUAGACGAUGCAAUACAAGUGUUGCAGUGUCACAAGCCUGUGCAGGCCACAUACUUCGAGCCUCUCAAGGAUGGUUGCCUGACCAGCAACGGGACGCCCCUGGUGGCCACGAUAGGCGGAGACCUCUCCCCCACCUACAACAUCAGCCAGAGCUCCGUGUCGGGUAUCAGAUAACUAAAACACAACCCCAGGAGCUCUUGCCACCACUCUCCCUCUUACUUAUUUUUUGUUGUUGUCUCAAAAUAACAUGGUUUGCCUUGCCAACUCAUUUGUGCCAGAAUUGUGGUGCAGACUUGACAAGUGUUGAGUGAAGAUUCUGAAACAAUUUGGAAAUGUAAUUUUUGACCCCCUUGUUCGUUUCAUUUUAUUGAAACAUUUUAUGAAGCAUCCCUCACUCCCUCAUUCUCCUACCUUGAACACACCCUUAGUGUGGUGUUUACUGAAUGCAAGAACUACUUUUUACUGUUGUGAUGUAAAAGUGUAUACUUAGUGCUUAAGCGCAAUGCUGUCAGUGGUCUUUUUUAAUGUCUCCUCUUUUGGUUAUUGUCUGUGUAUGAUUGUGCCCAAGAGCGUGUUUUCCCUCUUUUAAGGAUAGGAAAUGUUCUGUGCAUCUGAAUAGACAGUUGUAGGAAGUGACUUGUUUUGCAUGAUCGCUGGCUAUGUUUUGCACAUUGGGGUCCCCUGAUACAGAUUGUGAGGCAGAUAGUCUUUGGUGGUAACUAAGUUCUUUGAAUUCUCAUUUAGCUCCGCAUUGUGGUUCUUGGUAUUAAUAUCUUGCAGGUUUCAUCAGAAAGACAAGGCCCUUUUCCCCAUUUGACCCGAUCGUCAAGUAGCCUAUACAUUUUCCCUUAGUCUGGAAGCUAGCUAGCCAUUUCAAUAUUGACUUUUAGGCAGAAAAAAAAAUAUAGAAAGAAUGUCUACUCAACUAAAUAUGUAGCACAGUCCCCAUUUUGCUGAGUUAGCAUUGAGAGUUUACCCUGGUGUUUUACCCAAUAGACUGAGACCCUUUUGUUCUCCAGUGUCUUUACCUACUUAACGGUCUAGUAGUCUGUUAGUAGUGGUUCACUACAGACACCGUAACAGUAAGCAGACCCCCCCACCCCCCCACCGACCAAAAUGUAUCAGUUUAUAAUUUAGAAUUCCAUGGUGUGAACAACUGCAGUCUUCCUCCAUUUAUUUUGUGCCAUCCAUGGACUGACAAUUGCCUUCACCCAGCACACACACCACCUUUUUAUCAAAUUUUCAGAUUCUCACCCCUUACUUUAACCUCUGUUUUAUAUCAGAUGUUUACAUUGCGUUCAUAACAUUUAUUUUUCACUUAAACAAGCACUACUAGACAUGUAUAUUUGAAUAAUGUAGAUUCUUUUGGGGGUUGGGCGGGGGGGGCUUUUCAGUAAAAAUGUUUUACCCUUUUUAGUAUUGAAUCUGCAUCUCCAAAACAAACACCUGCUUGAUAUUGAAAGUAAUUUAAUCUAAAAUGCUGUCUUUGCAGAACAAACAAACAAGCCUUGUACAGUUUGAGACCUUGUUUAACAUGUAAAAAUGCUUUGAAUACUAUUUUAUUUUCAUAAACGUCUGGCAAAUCUUUAGCCAACCUGCUAUACUUGCCUUAGAUGUGGCAUGGAGCAGCUGGCUCAAUACUGUGAAACUGGAGGCCCUGUAGAUAGCAUGUAAGACGUUUUAUUGUAAAUUGUUUAUUUCUGUAUAGAUCAAAGGUGAGUACAAAUGACAAAACAGUUCCUCUGAUGCAUUUGUGAGGGCUAUAUUUUGCUCAGCCAUGGCUGUAGGGUUGGCUUUGUAAGGUUUGUUGACGAGUUGCUUUGAUACACAGUAUAUGUUAAGGCUAAAUAACAAGUAAAUGUUGCUAGCUUUGUAUUGGGGGGGGUGAAGAGAAGACCCCAUUUAUCAUGGAUGAUAUAAGCAGCAGAGAUGCCUCAGAUGUUCUACAAAGACCUCUUGAGGCUGAGGUGUAAUAAAGUGAAGUCCAUAGUUGAAUUGUUAACAUACAAAAUUGAGGGUUUCCACUGGAUUGAAUGCUGUUUCCAGACCACUACCAUAAGCUUUUAUGUCAUUAUCCUAGUCUUCUGACAGAACCAACAUAUGUAACAUCUCCCUAUUAUCUCUUCUGCCCUGUCGUUGUUUCAGUAGCUCAUCAUUUGCCCUCCAAAAUGAGCAUUAUAUACUCAGUGGUCAGUUUAUUAGGUACACCACCCCAUUCCCGAAAAUAGUUCGCUCCUCCAGUGUGUCACGUGGCCGUGGCUUGCUAUAAAAAGGAGGCAUCCAGUUACCGGAUGGGCACGGAUGGGCUAAUGCAGCAGACGACCACACCGGGUUCCACUCAUAUCAGCUAAAAACAAGAAGCGUCUCCAGUGUGCACGCAAUCACCAACAUCACCUGGUCAAACAAAUCACGAUUCCUGUUGAGUCAUGCUGAUGGCAGUCAGGAUUUGACAUAAGCAGUAUGGGGCAAUGGUGUGGGGGAUGUUUUCCUUGCACACGUGAGGUCCCUUGAUACCAAUUGAGCAACGUUUCCAUGCACUGAAGAAUUCAGGUUGUUCUGGAGGCACCUAAUAACUGGCAACCGAGUGUAUGUUAUCCCCAAUCCCAGACUCAAGGUCUAUUCUAUAAUGUAAGGGUUGAACUAAAUUGGUGAGUGGAUUACUGAUAUCAAUAGAAAUUCUACUUUGAACCAUUUAUUGCUUUUUAUAAACUAGGUGGUUCAAGACCUGCAUGCGGAUUGGCUGACAGCUGUGUUAGACCAGAUUGUAUUCCACAGGUACAACAAAACAUUUAUUUUAACUGCUCUAAUUACAUUGGUAACCAGUUUAUAAAGCAAUAAGGUAAUUUGCGGUUUGUGAUAUAUGGCCAAUAUACUAUAGCUAAGGGCUGUGUCCAGUCACUCCACGUUGCGUCGUGCUUAAGAACAGCCCUUAGCCGUGGUAUAUUGGCCAUAUACCAUAUCCCUCUGGCCUUACUGCUUCAUUAAAUGAGCUGCAUCAAAAGGUGUGGGGGGCUAAGUCUUGGAACUGUCUAGUGGAAACCAAUUUUUCCCAAUACCACCUUAGCCCCACAGAGCAGAAUACAUUUAGGCCUAUUAUUGAAUUUUGUGGUCAGCCUCCCUUAAAGUCCACCAUUUUCUUUAUAUGAUAAUGAGCUAUCAAUCAAAUUAGAUGGAAUUGGAAAAUCUCUAAAGUGAAGGGGUUCUAUUCAAAAUGGGCCCAAGCAAGGGCAAUGAAUGUGGAUAUCCAUAUGUAACAGCCAAUGAAUGACCACUUGUUCUUUAACCCGUUUGUACUUUGUUGAUUUUUCUUGUACAUACUAGCUAAAGCAGCACUUAUAGCUAGAUAAACCUUAUGCUUUAGUCAGUAAGUAUUUUUCUCCUUUCCUUCCAUCUAAUACAUACAACUCCUUUUGUUAAUACAAUGAAAGUUGGAAGUGGAGGGGUUUAAGAAUUCAAUACUUCGUUAUUAAGGGAUAAGUACUGUAUAAAUAUACCCUGCUCGAGUCCUUUAGAAAUGCAUUUCUCUCUUCCUUAGGAUGAUUUCACACAGCACGCAGUGAAAGCCAGAGGAGUGGAUGUAGGCAUUUUAAAAGGCUCAAACGCAGCCUCUGCUCAGAUAGGCCUCCUUGGCCCUUCACCGGAGUGAUGUAAAACUUGCCUAUAUCACACCACCUAGUGGUCAGGCAGUAUUCUGCAACGCAUGUGAAACAGUUUUGCCUCAGUCAGUGAAUGUCUAGUUGAGGAUUCUUGCAUUCUCAGCAGUAUUUGUUUCAUGGCAUUGCAUUUGGAUAGUGACUACUCUGACAGCUUGAUUAUUUUUCUAUUGGAUCACCCUGUAGUAGGGGUGAUACUCCCUUGCUAUAUACAAAUUGAUAAGGCAAAAUCACAAUCAGAUGGGAUUCAGUGAAGAAAGCUAUUUGGGCUACCUAAAAUAUAAGUGUGCAUUUCCCUAAGCACAAGCCCUUGACCUUCCCUACAUAUUUGUAGUAAUUGUUUUCUCCAAGGUGUACGUCACUGGAAUAUUUACCAUUGUCAUUUGGGACUGUGAGAAGACUGAAGAUUGUAAUAUAAAUGUGCCAACAAAUAAACACCAGUAUUUCAGA